AUGGAAAACAUGCCACCCUCGCAGGCGCAAGCCAGCGACGCCGCCAAACCUGUUCCCGAAAGUUCUUUUAGCUUCACACCUAUCAAAGCCCUGAGCGCGCUGCCACGUCUUUGGGAUCGCAAGCCUUCUACUCCUGUUCGGGCGGGCGACAAGUCUCGCAAGUUGUGGAAGCGCAUUCGCUUCCCCUUUAGCAAUAUGAACGCGACGGAAAGUAAAAACACGUCUAUCGGCGUCUCGAACAACUCGGAUUAUCAGCGCGGAGUUAAGCGCCAAUGUGUUGACCCAACGCAGUCGGUGGACCACGAAACUGACGCUGAACAACGUGGGCGGUCUUUCUUGGAGACCAAGUGGGAAAUGGAGGCAUCUCGCAAGCGACGCAAAUUACCAGAAUUCAAUUUCAAUAUUCACGACGAGACCUCCCAGGGCGUUUUUAAUUUUGCUGCUCAGGCCGAAGCUGCCACUGACGCCCACCAGGAUGCAGCUCUCAACGCCUCGCCGCGGCCUCUAGGUUUGUUUUCGGCCAAGACCCCCGUUUACAAUGAUGCCAUGGACAUGGGCCUCGACGGUGUGGCGUCGCCUAAGCCUGCAGAUGAGCAGUCUGGACCGGUCCAGGAGGCAAGUGCAGUGAUCAACAAUGCAGCACCCGCUAAGGCCGUCGACGACUUGACGCAAGAGCAGGAAGUGAAAUUGGUGCGAUCGGCACUGCGCAGCUCUCUCGACGGAGAGGAUGCAGAGCUGCUAAAUGACUUCUUGUCGAGGGCCAAGGCGAAGCGUGCAGCCAAGGCUGCCCAAACCGACGUGGAAGUGACUGAGGAAUCCUCCAGCCCAGAGGAGCCUGAGAUCGAAUGCUCAACCCCACGAUCGCGUCGUGCGCUAGAGGAGCUCACUACGAAUUCUCCUUCGCCUAUCAAGUUGCAGAUCUCGCCUAGUAAAUUCGACUUUGCCCGUGCCGAGGCCCAGGAUGAGGUUGUGAAGGGCCUACAGGAAGAGACUGCCCCUGCAAGCCCUGCUUGCCGUCGCAGCACUCGCGCCAAGGCUCCAUCCACCAGUGUCCCUGCUGUGCGCAACACUAUCGCGCUCCGCCGUGCAAAAGGAACGGAGUUCAUUUUCCUGCAGCGCACCGAGGCCCAGGAGGUGGCUUUGGCCACAAAGCGCAACACCCGACUCAACAAGGGCAAGUCUGUUUUCCCUCAGGUCGCCCUUGAAGCUCUGGCUCAACAGUCCGAGGAGCUUGAAGCCGAUGACAAGCAUGUGCGCUCAGACCACAAGGGCCCUAGCAGCCGAUCUACCAAGCGAAAGCAAGUGUCAUGGAAUGAGGAGCGCAUGGCUGAGUAUGAAGAAUACAAGGAUUUCACAGAUGACCAAGAGGAGGAGGGUGAGAGAUGCACCAGUGACGUCGGCGCUACCCCUCGCCGAUCUGGCAAACGGUCAGAGAAGAACACUGCAGCCAGUGAGCGCAGCAGCCGUAGCCAAAUACAGUCAGAGUCAGAGCCUAAGACUCGGGAGGAUGGUGGGCCGGAGAGCGGCCCGACCGUCCCUACUGCCGCUGCUGCACCCGCUACUGUACCCCCGCGCUCACGCCGGGUGAGGCGUUUGGGCGAUUCGGGGGCCAUGGGCUCUGGGACUCCUGUGAAAGGUGCUCGCACCAGCCCUCCAGCCUCGGCCCCUGGCCCUUCUACGCCAACCAAGGGUCGCCGCAAGCUGACGCCCAAGUCGCCCACGUCCUUGGCCCCGGCUCCCUCCCAAAGUGGUAUUCCGACUCGGAGCAACAAGGAGAAGAGCAUGCUCCAGGUCAGCGCAGGGUGCACGCCCACAGCUCGCCGGGUCCGAUCAAGAUCUUGA